UUAAUUAGUAGUGUGAGUGGUGGUAGUGUGUGGUGGUGGUGGGGGGCGCUGGAGCAUAACCCAGACGGUGAAUGACUCAUUCCAGCCCCACACACUCCUUCCAGCUCGUGGCCAGCCUCGCCCCGCACACCACAUUUCACCAGUCGGCCAGAAAGUAAUGUAGAGUUAGAAGACAAAAUGUCAGAAUACUGCCUCCGCUGGAAUAACCACCGACCCAACCUGGUGACGGUGUUCUCCGAACUGCUCACUUCCGAGGCCCUGGUGGACGUCACGCUGGCCACCGAUGGUCACUACAUUCAUGCACACAAACUGGUACUCUCAGCAUGCAGUGUUUACUUUAAAGACUUGUUUGGUGCAAAUCCGUGCAAGCACCCUAUUGUGAUCCUCAAGGAUAUUCGUAUUGACGACCUGAAGACUGUGAUCGACUUUAUUUACCGUGGGGAAGUCAAUGUUUCCCAGGACAGACUACAAGAUGUGCUCAGGACGGCGGAAUCACUUAGGAUAAAAGGACUGGCAGAGAACCCUCGUAGCUACGAUGAGAUGUCUAGUCAUGGCGCCCGCUUCUCAUCAUCGUCACUUGGUUCACAGGUCACACGACAGAGAUCUUCACUAACGGAUUCCCGAGAACAGUCACUUAGUCUUGAGGGGGAUGAAGAGGGUGAUCCGGGCACACCACCAUCCUCCAAGAAACGUAAAAUCACAGCCUCUCACGACAGUUCAGAAAGCCUGCACGGUGAACAUGGUGCGUGUGCUAUUAAAGAAACUGAAAACGAGGAGAGGGGGCGGUCUUACGAAGUGAAAGACGAACCACUUGACGACCACGAAAAUGAGAAACCACAAACCAGGGAUGUAGAUCAGGAGUCAAAUGUGAAUCGUGUAGCUGAUGCAAUGCUGAUGCUCCAGGGUGCAAGUCAAGACACGGGUGAUGAAUCCAACACGACCCCUGGGACCAGCAGCGAUUCUACCUUAACGUCGUCACAUUCACAAGGUCGAAGUAAACGUAAAAUACUGCAGCGACAGCUUGGCAUCACAGGAGGCGAGGAUAGGAGAGAAGAAAAUAGAGAUCCCUUGCAGAUUCACCAAACACAACCUCAAAAAAUGCAUCAUCAAGUACACGAAUUUACGAAAAGUGACAUGAAGGUGGAAUUUAAGGGAGAUGGAGAAAAAAUUACAGAACUAAUUGUGCCAGAUACCAUGGCAUUGGGUGGGGGUACAGUGACACUCAGUACAUCUCAACCAACACUUCUUCAAGUGCCAGCCAUGAUGGUGGUUCCCAGAGACACUCUUGGGCCUGGCCCAUUGCCAAAGCAACAUUCACACCCUACACCUCUUUUAGCACCAACACCCAUUAUCAGUAAACAGUUAUCACAUCCAGAGGGCCGUGGUCCUCCAACUCAUCAGGGGCCUCCACCCAUGACCAAGCAACGAUCACACCCAAGUGUGCUGACACAUACUCCACCACACACAUUAGAGCGUGUCUCAAGCACCACCAACAUUACCACCACUACUACCACCACAGGAACUCAACAGCAUUUACAGGUAAUACCAAUGCAGGUCUUUGUGAAACAGCGACCUUCACCCACUACAAUAACAUCUCAGUCGUCACAACUUCGACCCAUUCAGCCUAAACCCUCCACUGUUGAUAGUCAAAUCUCAGACUCUACCCCUAAAAAAGAUGUACCUUUAAUACGCCUCACACCUUCAGAAGAUGGUGGAAAUGUUAAUAUUAGUAGCAGUAGCGGUUACAACAUGAGUGGUUGUGGCAUGACUGGUCCCCCACGAUUACCUCGUGCAGUGAGUGAGGAGCCAGCCAUGACCAGACCCUCAAUGACUCACACUCCUGAGCUGCUAUCACCUGGACCAUCUGUUUUAGUGCAGAGUGUAUCUCAAGAUUCAGGUUUAGAUGUAGGCAUGGGAAGUCGCAUGUUGAGUGCGCCGUCAUUAGCAGUGACAGCUCCUAUGCCAGAUAGAUCUGCAUCUUCUCCUGGUCACUGUCCCGUCCUUCGUGGUGGCCCAGCUUUGGGCUGCAACUUCUGUUGGAAUUCUACUGAUCCCCAAGGCAGAGUACUCCGCCGCAAGACAAAAUAUCACUGUCCAGAGUGCAGAACCAACCUGUGCAUUGUACCUUGCUUUCACGAAUACCACAAACAAAUGGAAAGAGCGCAAGACACUGACAAACAAAUAACCAAGAUCCUCACUAAAACUGGGUCUAUGUAGUCUGAAUGUUGAGACAGGCUGGCAAAAAUGUUCAGUGUCAGAGAAUAUUUUUAAAGAAAAUAUGUUGCCAGAAAAGUUAGAAAAUUAGAACAAAGAUUGUGGUAGGUAGCAAUGUUAUUAUAGGUAACUGCCGUGUGCAGUGAUCCUUGUGCUCAGUUAUUGAUGUAGGUUUUGAAAACUAAGUCACUUGAUUUUCACUUUCAAUUAUUUGAUGUCUCUUGCUUUCACUAAUGACUACAAAUAAGCACUCAUCAGACAUGAGUUUAUUUGGACAAAAUUCAAGUGUAUUAUUUUCAAACUUUGUAUUUCAUCUGACAUAACACCAGUGAUUAAGGAAUUGUAUUUCCCUGUGGAAAUGUAAUAUGUUUAUUUAAGUAUGUAUUGUUCAUUGUAUAAAAAGAUAUUUAACGAUGCACUGCUGAAAUUUUUGUGUUAAUUAUUUUAUGGAAAAGUAAAUGUCUUUGAAAACA